GACGCCGAGAAUUGUCGCGACUCGCGCAAGCACCGAGUGCAUUUAUAGAGGGUACGCGCUCGACAGGCUCCUGGUCCUUGAAGCAAUCGGCGUUGGCAUUAAGGGCGGGUGGUCAUGGGAGCGUCGCACUUUUUAUGGCUGCUCUUGGCCAUAGGGCUGGCGCAAGCUUCGCAGAAAUCGCACAGCUCGCUUCCUUCCGUCAACCAGAAGGCCCAAAGCGGCUUCCGCAGUUGGCUUUGGUCUGCAUUAUUCAAACGUUACUGGCCUUUUUGGCUGCUGAAAAACAUGGAGGAUGGUCAGGAGAGCAUCUAUCAAGAUGGCGGAGAGGACCUUGACAGAUUCGACACGCCUAGAGCCACGGCCAACGAUAUGCACGGUGCCCACUUUGGCGGCGACUACGCUUUCCCGCGCUACGGUGGUCAGUCCCGCAUGAGUCGGUACGGAAUCGACUACGGUGACUAUCACGCACGCCGGCAUGGCUUUAGGGGGCCCUACAAUUAUAGGCCUGAUGCCCGCUCUUUUGGCGCCCCAAGCGACGCGGCGUUCCACGACGGCCUGGCCUAUCCGAGAUGGACGGGCCACUUUUCCGGCCAGGAACAUCCGACCACCUUUGACCCGCACCUUACGAACCCAUACUACCGCGAUCCGUUCCAUGCGCAGCGGUUUGUGGCGCAGUACCCGUACUUUCGUAUUUAAAACUACCGGGCAGCGACCUAGAGACGCAUUAAAAUAUUGUGUACUUUGAAUUAGAGCAAUCUUUGUACUUUGCUGUCCACCGUUAAAUAAAACCCGUGAGUGCAG